UCAGAAAAAUUCAAAGAGAUACAAAAAUGUACGUGACAAGACCACUUUCUAUGUAUAUAAGAGAUCCAUCAGCUAUUUCAUUACCUCCCCCGGAAGGUCCGAAUUCCGGCAUACUAGUGAUCAAAGACGAAGAAGCGGAGCGAACUAGAUGUUUCGGAUUGUGCACGGACAAUCGUGUAAAAGAGUUUCCUUUUCCUCAGAAUAAGAAUUUGAAAGUUGAAUAUGUUCAACAAGCUGGGCAAAUUCAACAUGUUCAUAUAAACAGAGUUGUGUUUAUUCCUGUUUUGAAUCAACCGUUGUCUUCGAAUCUCUACUACUGCAUCGAGCGAAAUGGAAAGCAUAAAGGGGAGGCUUACAAGAACUCAACAGAGGAGGACAUGACAACAUGUUGUUUCUGCAGCCGUAUUAAAGAUCUCAAACCGCAACCUUUAGAUCCUCAAGACACCUAUCAGCAACUCGAGAUUAUCCGUAGAAAAUGGGGUAGUUUCGCUGCCAAAUCCUUAGCUCCUGAUGGAUUCCCUCCACUUUUCCUCAGAAGAAAAGGCUGGCGAGUAGUCACCACAAAGCGCGAAUUCGAGUUGACCGAAGCCUUAGGCCUUGACAAAACCCUCCGAAACCGUCUUCCAGAAUUCACAUUUCCUCUAUCAGAACAAAGUUCUAAGCCUGUCACAGUAGGAAAAUGGUACUGUCCUUUCAUGUUCAUCAAAGACGGAUCGCCAAAAGAUCAAGUGGAUAAAUCGAGGUUUUAUGAGAUGAGAUUAGAGCAGAAAUGGGAACGGGUUUUCGCUUGCGAAAAUAACGGUAAAACAGGUAAUUCUGUUAAUGUGGAUGUUGUUAUUGAGACUGAAACAGUUGGUGGAGGAGAAGGUAAUAAUGUAGGGUUGAGUUUAGAAAUUGUUGAGAGAAUGAAAUGGGAGGAAGUGAGAUUUGGAUGGACUGAUUUGGAUGAAAAGAAAGUUAGAGUGAUAAAAGUUGAAGAAUUUGGAGGACUUGGUGAGUGGAAGAAAUUUGGUUUAUAUGUUUUGGUGGAGAGAUUUGUAUUGAAAAGAAUGGAUGGAAGCUUGGUGUUGGCUUAUGAUUUCAGGCAUAUUCAACACAUUAGGACCAAAUGGGAAUAAUUAAGUGUGUAAACAUUAGUUUUGUUUUUGUGUGAAAAAUGUUGUAUUGUUGUAUAUGUA